AUGGCGGCGGUGAUGGCAGCGCCCGAGGCUCAGGCGGCACCGAGCUCGCUGCUGCUGCUGGUGGUGGGCGGCGAGUGCGGCUGCCCGGGGCUGCUGGCCUACGUCCUGGAGGAGCUGGAACGAGGUGUUCGCUCGUGGGAGGAUGUGGACCCCACCAUCUGCAGCCUGGAUGAGCAGCUCAAGGCCUUUGUGUCCCGGCACUCUGCUACCUUCUCCAGCAUUGUGAAAGGUCAGCGGAGCCUACACCAUCGUGGAGAGACACUGGAGACACUGGUCCUGCUGAACCCUUCAGACAAAUCCCUGUGCGAUGAGCUCCGGAACCUCCUGAUGGACCCUGCCCCUCACAAACUGCUGGUGCUGGCAGGACCCUGCCUGGAAGAGACAGGGGAGCUGCUGCUGCAAACCGGGGGGUUCUCAGCCCAGCACUUCCUGCAGGUGCUGGGGGACAAAGAGGUCCAGGAUGCACUGGCCUCGGCACCCACUGCCCCACCAGCCCUCACCGUGUCCUGUCCAACCUUCGGGGACUGGAUGCUGCUGGGCCCCACGUCUGGGCUGCGGCUGCGACUGAAUCCACCUGCGCGUCUGCCGGCCUCCGAGGGCCUGCGUGCCUUUCUGGAGUAUGUGGCCGAGUCGCUGGAGCCUCCGUCGCCCUUCGAGCUACUGGAGCCACCAGCCGCAGGUGGUUUCUUACGCCUGGCGCGGCCCUGCUGCUAUGUGUUCCCAGGUGGCCUGGGCGAUGCUGCCUUCUUUGCAGUCAAUGGCUUCACUGUGCUGGUGAACGGUGGUUCCAACCCCAAGUCAAGCUUCUGGAAGCUGGUGCGCCACCUGGACCGUGUAGACGCAGUGCUAGUCACCCACGCAGGAGCAGACAGCCUGCCUGGCCUCAAUAGCCUGCUGCGCCGCAAGCUGGCAGAGCGUGAGGCGGCUGCAGGGCCACAAGGACAACACGAGGAGAGGCUGCGUCGCCUUCUUUCCCCCGCCCUGGGUGUCGUGUUCCUGAAUGCACGAGAGGCAGUGUCUCGGCUGCGCGGGGGUGAAGAUGAGGCGGUGUGUGCACGGGGCCUGCUGCGGAGCCUGGGCAUUGUACCCCUACCCCUGCAGCGUGGCCCGCAGCCCACACGCCCCACUGUCCUCUUUGAGAAGCUGGGUGUUGGCCGCCUUGAGCUCUUUGUGGUGCACCCGCCACCCGGGGACCCCGCAGCACCUGCCUGCGCGCUACUGGUAUGGCACCCUGCAUCACCCAGCGAAAAGGUGGUUCGUGUGCUGUUUCCUGGACGCACGCCGCCCACACGCCUGCUGGACGGGCUGCAGCGCCUGCAGCAUCUGCCGUGUCUACGCCGGCCAGUGGUUACCGCGGGUGACUUGGAUGCCCCUGUGAGGGCUGACAGCCAGGACAGUUUGGCCUCAAGGGACAGCUUACGCAAAGAGCCUGUCCGGAGCACCACCAGCAGCUCCGCCAGCAGGAGCACAGUGCGAAGAGAGCCAGUUCCGCCCAUGCGUGACCAGAAGAAGGAUACAAAACCCGGGUCUACACGGCCUAUAGUCCGUGACAUGCGUCGUUCCGGGCCAGGUGUCCCCAACACGAAGCCUCGCACAUCACAGAAUGGUCCUCGAGCCCCGGUUCCCUCAGGGCCACCGAUGGCUCAUGUGCCCGAGUGCCCCGGAGUAGCAGGGAGCAGCCUGGAGCCCGAGCGACCACCCGCUCAGUCCCCGAUCCUGUCUCCAGCUGCUCGGUCCCCACCACCUACCACACCUGGCAAUAGCCCUGAGCGUCUGUCGCUCAGCCUUCUACGCCCUGAACCUGCCUUGGAUGCAUCACCCUCAGCCACUACACCUACAGCCACAACACCCACUCUGACCACGCCCUCGUUGCCUGCGGAGCUGGGCUCACCGCACUCCACUGAGGUAGAUGAGUCACUGUCUGUGUCCUUCGAGCAGGUUCUGCCAGCAGGUGACUCGGGACUUAGUCUUCCCCUGCGCCUCACUCGGCGCUCUACAUCCCCACACGAUGUGGACCUGUGUCUCGUGUCACCUUGUGAGUUUGCGCACCGCAAGCCACUCCCUCCCGCGUCUCCGGGCAGCUCGGACAGCAGCGCCCGUUCGCAGGAGCGGCCACCCGAAACGCCGCCCACAUCAGUGAGUGAGUCACUACCCACCUUGUCUGACUCUGACCCUGUGCCGAUCGCAGACUCCGACGACGAAGCGGGCAGUGAGAGUGCAGUCAGGGACCCGCUGCCCACACCCCGUAUACCACCACCUCUGCCCGAUGCCCCUGGCAUCUGCAUGGUGGACCCCGAGGCCCUGCCACCCCGUGCCAGGCAGCCACCCAACCCCGCGAAUCCUGGUCGCAGUCGCAAGGUCCCUGCAAGGCUGAGCUCCGCCUCUGCUGCCCCCAGAGCUGCAGCUGCCAAGGCCAAGGGCCCUGCAGGGGACCGGGCCAGGCCUCUAAGCACCCGUAGUGAGCCUGCAGAGAAGCCAGGCCGUGUGCCCCUCACCAAGAAGCCCUCAGUCCCCAAGACUACCCCCAAAGUGGUCCCUGCCACGAGGACCUCCUCUGGGUCCAGUACCCGCCCUGUGCCACCUGCCAUUGGCUCCCCUGUCUACCUGGACAUGGCCUACCUUCCUGGGGGUGGUGCAGGCCACCUGGACCAGGACUUCUUCCUACGAGUUCGUGCGCUCUGCUAUGUCAUCAGUGGACAGGGCCAACGCCAGGAAGAGGGCCUGCGGGCCGUGUUGGAUGCACUGCUGGCUGGCAAGCAGCAGUGGGACCUUGACCUGCAGGUCACACUGAUCCCCACCUUUGACUCGGCGGUGAUGCACAGGUGGUAUGAGGAGACGCAUGAGCAGCAUCAGGCGCUGGGCAUCAGGGUGCUGGGCAGUGGCAGCAUGGUGUCCAUGCAGGACGAGGCCUUCCCUGCCUGCAAAGUGGAGUUCUAGCUACAUGCCACAGCACACCCUUAGGAUAGCAGUUUCUCACUGUGACACCUCAGCCUCCAUCUGCAGCACCACAGAUGGAGGGAGCAGUGCUGCCAUCACUUGUUUGUGCUGGUCACAAGGCAGGCACACCCUACGUCCUACCACUCAGGUUGCAGAGGCAGGAGGAUCAAAGUGGGUUCCAGGCCAGCCAGAGCUGAGCAGUGAAUCCUUGUUUCAAAAACCACAACAAAUAAAGCAGUUGGGUCAGA